GCGGCCGGGCCUGUCGGCAUGGCUCUUCCCGCGCACACCACGCUCGCUCUCCUUUGUACUUAUUAGUUGGCCGGUUCGAGUUUUCGCGCUGCGCUGUGUCCACAUGUUUACUGACAGUGACGGGCGUCAGAAAAAAAUUACCACUAUCAUUCAUCAAUAUAAACUUUUAAGCACUUAAACUAAUGUAAACUUGUAAGUUAUUUAUAAAGACGCGAACAUUAAAUAAGUGCUAACAUUUAAUUAUGGAGUGAACAAAGGAAGGAUUGUACGCGAAAAGAAAUGUGGUCGAUUCAACGCUGACGUAGAAGAGAAAGGUCAAUAUGGACCAUUGGGUGACGGCAGCGAGCGUGCUGCUGGCCUUUUUACUUUAUUACAACACGCUCGACGCCGGGUUCGUUUACGAUGACCGGCGGGCGAUCCUCUCAAAUCCGGAUGUCAUCGGCCACACUCCAAUAAUGGCAUUAUUCGAAAACGAUUUUUGGGGAACGCCGCUUACGGACCCGGGUUCGCACGGGUCGUACCGGCCGCUGUGCGUCGCUACAUAUCGACUCAAUUACAUAUUCAGUGGAUUCAGACCGUGGAGUUACCAUUUGCUCAACGUAAUAUUCCACUGCACCGCCACGGCUCUAGUAGUGACUACAGGGCGGCGGCUAUUACCCUCUUAUUGCAGAAGAGUGGGUACUGUAGUGGCCGGCUUCACGUUUGCGGCCCACCCUAUCCACACGGAAGCCGUGGCCGGAGUGGUCGGGCGGGCGGACGUAGUCGCUUGCAACCUAUUCCUCUUAAGUUUUCUUUUAUAUAGCGAGCAUAUACGACUGCGCGAGGAACGGCACAGAAGACAGUGUCGGCAUUCAGUCAAAGAGCAUGUAGAGCCCCGAGAGCCAUCAUCCAAUGAUCAAUCAUUUCGCCUGAGCUGUCACGGCUUGAUGCAGCACAUUAUGAUGAAUUUUCGUAGAUUGUUGAAGGCUGGCAAAGCUGGCCCGAUGAAAAUGUUAGAUACUUGUGAAGUUAACGGAACUUUGAGAUCGGUUAAGUGUCAGUACAGUGAUAAUGCGAGUGGAGAUACGUGUGAACUCUUGCAGUGGUUCACCUUAGGAGGAACACUUUUGUUCGCUGCAGCCGCCACUUUGUGCAAGGAACCGGCUAUAAUGGUUUUGCCUCUCUGCAUAUUCUAUGACUUUUUGAGAGCCACUCACCACGAGGAAUCUUACUUUAAGUGUCGGUGGCGCAGUGUGUGCGCACUUGGUGCUGGCGGCUUUGUGUUGCUGUACUGGCGGUUGCGACUUGCUGGAGUACCUACAGCAUUUGCCGCAGCGGACAACCCUGCCUCAAGAGACCCUUCCUUUUUGACAAGAUUAUACACUUUUGCAUACCUCCCAAUAUUUAACUUUUUCUUAUUACUAUACCCUUUUCAUCUAAGCUUCGACUGGUCAAUGGAAGCGAUACCCAGAAUAACAACCAUACUCGAUCCCAGAAAUGUGAUGACAGUCACAUGUUACGCAGUCAUAUCUAAAAUGACAUGGCGUCUCUUGGCCAAUGAAUUCAAAAAGCCCCAAGAGAAUUUAAUUAGGGAUGCCAAAUACUACAAGAAACAAAAUUGUAAGAUCAAGCACAAAUGGAAUUACAACAACUGCAAACAGUAUAACAGAGGGCAGGAUUGCGUCGAAAGAAAGAGCUAUCAUGCGCCACACAAAGAGAAUGUAUCAUCUAAAAAGCUGUACUGUCCGUGUACUGGGUGCAAACACUCGCUAACCGAUGAGCACACGAGCGUGUGUCGUGCGAGCAACAACAACAACAUCAUGAUGCAUAAUUCUGUUUGUAUCUGUCCGAUAUCAAACACCAAAAAUAGAACGCACAUUCUUAAUAGAGCAGUUAAAUGUACCCCGCAAGUUGCGUUUCUGAUGUUCUUGGCAUUUACAAUUCUGCCAUUUUUACCUGCAACGAAUGUUUUGUUCUACGUGGGUUUUGUUGUUGCUGAGCGUGUUCUAUACAUACCGAGUGUUGGUUUUUGCUUACUGCUCGGCCUGGGAGCCGGUGCGCUGACAAGAAAAUGGCAUCAAAACGAGAAAAGAAGCAGAUUCUUUAUGCUUGCCCUAUUGAUUGCAUUGUCUGCGCUGGGCGGUCGUACUUUGUCUCGAAAUAAUGAUUGGCGUGACGAAGAGAGCCUUUUCAGAAGUGCACUGCACAUCAAUCCACCGAAAGCAUACGGAAACUUGGGCAGCGUGCUGAGUGCGCAGGGGCGGCCUAAGGAAGCCGAGCACGCGUUCCAGAAGGCGCUCAAGUAUCGACCUAAUAUGGCGGACGUGCAUUAUAACUUAGGAAUUUUGUUACAAACACAGAGACGAUACAGCGAAGCUAUCAAAAGUUUCGAGAGAGCCAUUCAAUUCAGGCCUUCUAUGGCUCUGGCGUAUGUAAAUUUGGGCACAUCAUUAAUGGCGGAUGGGAGACUAUCAGAGGCGGCGAGCGCGCUGCGCGCCGGCUCCCGCGCAGAGGGCGUGCAUGUGCGGGACAGAAGAGAACACGACGCCGCCCGCGUGUCAGCGCUAGUGCAGUUAGCGGCACUGCAUUCACAGCGAGGGCAUUGGCACAAAGCCCUUUCAGCAUACAAAGAAGCUUUGCAAAUUUUACCAGCCAGUAAUACUCCUGUUGUAGGUUGGACGCGUCAUAAUAUCCUUUCAAUGGCGGGUGAAAUAUACGUUCAACUGCAGCAAUGGCCUCUGGCGGAGCACAGCAUUCUUUCAGCCCUCGCUAUUGCGCCGCAUCAUGUCGGCAUGCACAUAACCCUAGCGCAGAUCCUGGCACGGAAUACAAGCAGAAGUGUUGAAGCAGAGAUGUGGUUCAAAAAAGCACUUACGUUGGCGCCUGAUGACCCUUCGAUACGAGACAAAUUUGGAAUGUUCCUGAGAUCGCAGCGGCGGUUCCGCGAAUCAGCUGAGCAGUUGGUGGCUGCUGCACAGUUGUCGCCGCAGGACAGCGUGCGGGGCGGCGUCGGCUGCGCGUGCGCUGCGAGACGCACGCCGUUGCCGCACAGCAGAAAGAUGGUACGCGAGAGCAGUGCAGUUAAAUCCACAAGACGCCGAAUACCAUUCGAACUUGGGCGCCAUUUUACAUCUAAAUGGAAAGUACGCGGCGGCGACAACGUCUUAUCGAAAAGCCUUGCAAUUACAACCGAACGAUGAGAUCACCAUCACAAACCUGAAACGAGUAAGAGCAUUGAUGAACAACAAACGUAGAAAAUAGAUUCCUAGCGUAAACACACGAAAUAGGAUGUCAAUUGCCAAAAAUAUUCUUAUACAUCUGUUUAUUUUCGCAUAUUCUGUGGUAUAAUAACAGAAAUGCUUUUUGAAGUGCAGAUUAAAUACCCGAAAUAACGAUCUAAGUCUUAACAGUUUGUAUUUUUUUAUUAUAAUCUGUAAAGGUUUAUAGUCAGUCUCCGAUUUCUUCAAAUACUAUUAAUCAUGUUUAAUAAAAUUGUAUGCAAUGGUAAAAUGAUUAAGAUCUAACUCCCCAAUAUUGUACCCGUUUAGAUAUAGGAUUCGAUACAUACAUUGGUUACGAUAAUACGACAGGAAAUAUUUUAUGAUUUCUUAAUCGAAUUGUCAUGUAUAAUGAAGGGUCUUAAAACAACGUUAUAGGAGUAGUUAGAAAAUAAAUAUUGUAAAUAGAUUUUUUAAGCGUUAAACGAUUUUAUACAUGUGCAAGUAUAAAAACGAAAAUAUUAAUCGUUUAUUUUAAAAUAUAUUAUAUGACAUAUAAAACUUGUAAAUUCUUUUCGUCUUCCAAUACCUUUGACUUGUUUGGUCGUACAAACCGGUAUCGUGCGAUAUAAACAAAUAAUUUCGCGUAUAGACACUGUUACGAAGCCUGUAAAGUACAUCCGAUUGUUUAAUUGCAUGUAUGUCGAAAUAGUUUCGCAACGUUCAAAUUGAUCAAAAGCCACCACAUCAAUAAGGCAUUAGUAUUACCCGCAUUGUGGCUGUCCGGUGACCUAGAUUCAAAGGCCAUAGAUAUGUGGUAGUCGUUGCUUCUGUCGCCUCCUUAAUCCUAAUCAUGCAAGAGCUUUGUGGCUUCACCAUCCGAUUAUCACGCGGCCUGAUGAACGCUGCAUCAGUGUAGAUAGUAUAUCGGGGAUAAAUUAAUUUUCGUAGCAGGCCUUUUACGAUCAAUUUAAAACUUCCAUGAAAUAGAACUUCUUAAAAUCUUAGUCUUCGAACUUAAAGUGCAGUGCUUAAUGAACAGCGUGCGGAAACUGGACGAGGAGGCAGAAAAACCGUCUUAAAUAUAAUAUUGGAAGAUACACUUACUUACCUUGUUCUUAUUUUAAAAUGUUUGCAACGGAAAAUGCUUUCGACGUUGGUUUAUUAAAUAUACCAGUUCUGUGUGAACAUCUUUCUACUGCAACUUUAUUCUAAAAGUUUCUACGGAAUUUUUCCAUAGCUUAAAUAAAAUAAUAAUCACUGUAUUUUUUAUGAACUCUUACUCAUAUAUGUCACAGUAUAGUUACUACUUUACUCUUAUGAUAAGUUGCAUAUUUAUUUAAAGGAAUGCUAUUAUUAAUCGUAUUAAUGUGAUAUUGGAAUUAAUAAGAAUUUUAAAACGACUUUUAUUUCUUGAAGUCUGAAACAUAUCUAUUUCAUGUUUAUGUAGAUAAAUAUUAUCAGACAUUAUUGUUAUUAUGUGCUGUAUUUAUAAUACAAUUGUUGUAAAUAGCAUUAAAUUAUACAGUACAGGUACUGUAAAGAAUAUUGUAAAUUCUUAUAUUACUAAUGUUUAUUUUUUGUCAUUUAAUUCUCAUGUCUGUGACAAUAAAUGUAAAUUACGCUUUGUAGUAAUAGAUAAAGGCCAAAUGAUUUGUUUAUUUAGUUAAAUACAUAUGUAUCUGAGCAGUGUGGUUACUUGAUUGUGUUUAUGUGUACGUACGGUUCUUCAUCGUGAUCUCAUUAUUGUAAAGUUUUUAUUCGUUUAUUAUUUAUUUCCUAGAUGUGUAUAAUACAUAAAAAAAUCCCUACAGCAUAUUAAUUAUGAGUUCUGUGGAAAAUAGCCGUAGUUGGAAUCAAGGCGCCGCGCAAACGCUACAGUCAAUUACUGCACUACACACGAUACAAAAUGGCGCCAACUACGUAUUUUGUUUUCAUACAAUUAACAUGAAAAUAAUAGUUGCUUUUAUUAAAAUUGCUAAAAUAUUGAAUGGUAAAUUGGCGGAUACAAAGGGAAUUAGUUUGACAAUUUAAUUUUAUAUAAUAUCUGUUUCAUUAUUUGGCAGCGUCUGCAAGGAGACUUAUAUGUAACACACCGAUGGAUCGAAUAUAAAACAAAUUAUGAACUUUAUAAAAAUAAACGCCCAUAUUCAUAAACAUUAUUUAUCUAAGGACGGAGCAUUGCUGUGAUAACAAGUCU